GCUUUGGCUCAGCCCUUGUUUAGGUUGCAGCAUCGACUAUUGUGUCCUAUAGCUUGGUGAUUUGGCUAUUUAUCCGCCAGCAGCUUCAACUCGCAAUUCGUCAAGAGGCCAGAACGUGAGGUCAUUAGACGAUCGCCACAUUUUCUCUUCCUUUGCGUUACUGGAGAUUCCUGUGACACAUGUCGGACGACCGUCCAAAGAGCAAGAGGCCAGCAAACACUGCUUUUAAGCAGCAGCGGCUGAAAGCAUGGCAGCCCAUACUGACGCCAAAGACGGUACUUCCUGCGUUCUUUAUUGUUGGUCUAAUUUUCGUGCCUCUCGGUAUCGGUCUCUAUAUUGCGUCAGAAAAGGUUAACGAAGUCAUGUUCGAUUACACGGAAUGCAAGGCACAAACUCCCUCCGCAACAUUCAGCCGUACCCCUGGCCGUGCGCCCAUUGAAGAGUGGAGAUGGGAUGGACAAACUUGCUUUAUCCACUUCCGAAUCAGCGAAAUUCUGGUUCCACCUGUCUUUCUAUAUUAUCGAUUGACCAACUUUUAUCAGAACCAUCGACGCUAUGUGAAGUCCUUUGAUGCGAAUCAGUUGAAGGGGGAUCAGAUCGGCGUGCAGAAUCUCGAUAAACAGCUGACGAACUGCGACCCCCUCCGAGAAGCUGCCAAAGUAUACGCUGCUAAUCUGACCGUUAUUGUCAACGGUGGACCACAGGAGAUAAAGAAAGAUGCGCAGGUGUAUCCCUGUGGGCUCAUUGCGAAUUCCAUGUUUUCUGACGAAAUAUCAACAAAUCUCUCCUGUAUCAAAUCGGAUUUUACUGGGUUUCCGGACGGGCAAACAUGCGCCAACGUGAAGUACGCAUUCAGUGAAAGCGGAAUCGCGUGGCCUAGCGAUAAAGAAAAGUACGGUGUAACACAAUGGAAGGACAGGGCCGAUGAUGUCACCAUAGCGACAACGCUGGUUCCGCCUCCAUUGUGGCGGGAGGCCUUUCCCCAGUGGAAGGACGGAUAUAACUUUUCCAACCUCCCGAAUCUGCACGAGUGGGAGCGUUUUCAAGUUUGGAUGCGAACGGCUGCGCUGCCCACCUUCCGUAAACUAUACGCAAGGACCACAGGCGGUGGCAGUGCCCUUCCACCAGGUCUAUGGGAAAUUUCUAUUCGGGAUACUUUCGAUGUUGCAAAAUUCAGCGGCACAAAAUCUAUUGUCAUUUCAACCGUGUCCAUUCUGGGCGGAAAGAACCCAUUCCUUGGAGCAGCAUACAUGGCUGUUGGAGUCAUUUGCUGGGUGCUGGGCAUCGUUUUCCUGAUUCGCCACAUGAUCAAGCCCAGGAAACUCGGUGACCACACGUACCUCUCAUGGAAUCAGCCUCAACAAAAUCAGGCUAGGGCACCAGGCGUCCCAGAAGUGGGAGGAGAACGCUCAUCCUUGAUUGGUGGACGAUGAACAUCCAAGUGCGAGGGAUUUACUUCUUAGUGUACCAUAAAUUGCGUUGAUGUAUCGUGUUUCUGGGGGGAUCUCAUAGUAGAACGUCGUCAAUCUGGCCAAAAUAGGUUAUGCAUUAAAUACACAGCCACUGACGGUCUUGAUUGCGUGAGCCA